AUUAUUCGCAACAGCUGUGAGAGCGCGCAAAGAUCGAAUCAGCGCAUUCUUGAAGCGGAACCUCUGCUCCAUACUCACCCCAAGAACGCUUUGAUUGUUCAUUGUGAUACAAUAUUCUACACGCAAUUAACUUUGCAGCAAUGGAAAGCUAUACCCAAAACCCGAUCUGAUGAAUAGUAGUUCAUCAAAUCACACGGGAAACUGCACAGCCUAACCUAUCUCUUUUCAUUACUUCCGGAUUGAGCGCCGUGCGUCAGCUUACUGACAAGCCCGAAAAACGAGCUACCGUCAAUGUUAUUUCACAUGUGCAAGGUGAAAGGCCAUGUGCAGGUAAAAAAAGGUGGUAGUUGCACAUUCCCGGUGAGUCUCGGCCAAAGCAUGAGAUCACGUCAACGUUCUUGGGAGGGUGGGGGCGAAGAGUUCUCUCCCCAGAAAGGGAACUGAAUGUGGUUGUCUUUAAACGAAUGUGAAUCCGCCCCCAAGAUAGCAUGACAAUUCCCCCAGCUAUCGGACAUCAUACCACCGGGCAUCAGUCAUGUGUGUGGGGGAUGGGAUCCCUGGGUUCCGCCGAAAUGUGGUAAAGCAAGUAGGACGAUGUCCCGGAACCCUGUCAUUUUUAAGAUGUUGGACAUGUUGCGCCAAGUUUUUGCAUAUACUCGAACAGAGAAUUGGCCCCCAACAUUCACCUUGUAAUGAGAUUCUGGAUGCGGCAGUAAUUUGACGAACCGCACAUGAUCUCCCUGUAAUGGCAUUGCAUUAUAAUGGAUGAAACCCGGCUUAUCCCCAUUAGAUGUGUACUCCAG